AAAGAAGAAACUUCAGCAGUUUGCUGGUGGAUCCAUCAACCUUUCCAAAGAAGACAAUGGCAUUGGAAUACUUACUUUGAACAACCCAAAGCUGAUGAAUGCCUUUACAGGUGCUUGGCAGAAGGGGCUGGGAACUGAUGUGUUGAAGUGCGGAGCAGUUGCAGCUGCUAUUUAGGCCACUGGUGGCUGUGCUUUGACUAUACGAAGUGCUAUAUAAUGUUGAUGUACUGAAAUCACAUCUCAAGUUGAGCACCCAAAUUUAGCAGAUAUUUUCUCUGUUGCUCACUUAGUGGUCUGUAAAAUAAUGUCUUCUUUCUUUAUAGAAUUGCUGUGAAAAUAAAUUAUUAGUGUAUGUGAAUUAGAUGCUCUAGUAGCAAAGAGGAGCUACAAAAUCCCCUGAGGAAAUUAAUAGUUGUGUCUUUGUUGCAGACCCUGAUUAGCAUGUAGCAAAUGAGCCAUGGGAUCAGGCAGUUCUGUUCUAUGGUAGUGUGUAGAGCCCUGUAGAGAGCAGUACUCCAUUUUGCUAGGUAAUAUGCACAAAAAUUUGCUCUGGAAAAUAUUCCUAUGGCAGUUCAAGAAAUUACUGCUUCUGUCUACUGUGCACCUCUGCUAGAGACUUUUGUUCUUACAGGAGGGAGAGUAGAAGCAAAAUCAUGCUAGCCCCUUGGCUGCUGUGGCAGAUGGCAUAUUAAUUUGUGCUGCUCUUCAUUUCAUUUUAACAUUACCGUCUGUACACCAUAGUUGCUGAGGAACUAGCAAGCACUUGAUCCUUUUCCUUUUGUUGUCUAUCAAGUAAUACACUUCAGGAGAAGUAUGGAAAGGGAUGGGAUGUGCAACCCAUAAAUUGCCCCAGCAAGACCUGGUUGACUUCAUCAGCUAGACCCUGUAAAUACCUCCUUCCCCCCGCAAAUAAAUUCUAUUGAUUCCGUGUCUCAGAGCUUCUAGAUAGUGGCAGAUGUGAAUUUAUAUGUACGUGUAUGCUUCCUUUAGAAAGCUGCAAAACAUCAUUAAACUGUUGAGAGAAAUCCUAUUUGCCAGGCAUUUACUUUACACAGCAGCUUUUUAUCUCAAAGGAAUUAUGUUUAUUCUAAGCUUGAGCAACUCACGGAACCAAAAGCAGAACAAAAUUGUUGGCAAAUUGCUAAUGGGCAAUGUGGAGGUUGUUAUGCAUUUUUUCUCUUCUUAAUUGGAAUCUGAUAGCCCCCUGUUUGAAAUGGUCUCUUUGGAAACAAAUGCUAAUAAUGUCAGUUUAAGCCUGGUGGAACCAGUUUCAGCAGCCCAAACUCUUGCUGAACUAAAGUUGAAUUUAACUUAAAAAAAAAAAAGGAAGCCAGCCUGCAGGAAUUAGAUAAUAAUGGUGAUAAUUUUAUUUUCUAGAAUUGACUUUAAAGCAUUUAUUCUCAGAUUAUAAUUAAGCUGCAAACUAAUUAUUCCAAGUAGAUUUAGUUCUGUGAAGAGCAUGAACUUACUGGUAUCAAAUACUGAAGGACCAAGACUGGCAGAAUGAGGAUUUGCUUUAGUAUUGUGUCCUUAUCAUUAUAUAAGACAUCAUGGACUAUAUAUGUUGGUAAAAUAAUAGUUCAGUGUUGCCAGUAAUGGAAGGGAUCCUCUCCCAGGAGGACGGGACAGGCUCUGGCCAGCGUCUCUUGUCCCCUGCUGUUGCAUGUAACUGGCUCACAUGGUUCCUUUUUGUAAACUCCAUUUUACAGUUAACUAGAUUUUUGGCUCGUAAUACUCUGUGGAAAGACGCUUCAGUACCUCACUGUUUUAACUAUUAAAAGCACCACAAACAGUGGUUGUGCUGUGUCUUGAUUCUGGCAAAGCCUGGAUGCCAGCCAAAUACUCUUGUAUGAAAACUUGGCAAAUAUGCAAAAAGUUAAAUCCACAGGGUUGAUGCACAUCUAUUUAAACAGCAGCAUUUGCAGAAAAGUCGUUGUUGAGUGUACUGUUAGGCUGGGAAAGCAUUUCAAGUGAUGACCCAUGAAAAUCUUAUCUAGGCCUAGUUCUGCUCUGUAUUUUCAUUCAUGGCUUGGAUGAUGAAAUAGAAGGUGAACUGCUGAAAUGGUUAGAUGACCCCAAAUUGGGAGAGCUUGCAAGAAGAUUGUUAUUUGGAGCAGAGGAGUGGAAUUCAAAGUGAUCUUGAUUAACUGCUACAAAGAGCUCAAGAUCAACAAGGUGAAAUUCAAUGAAAGCAAAUGUAAUGUGCAACACACAAAAAGCAUGACUGAAUUAUAAAUACAGAAGUGAAAGGAACUGGUAAAAGUGCUGGAAUUUGUUAGAGGAUCAUAGUCUGGACCUGACAGUGGAAAAAACCCAACCCAAUGUCAUUCUGGUAUAUAAUAUGUAAUGCCCACUUAAUUAUUGUCCUCCUCAGGAACUUUGUCAAAAUGUGCUAUUUCAGUGGCUCAGACCAAGCCUAAGGUGGAAGUGCUUGACUGAGCAUUCACUCGAUGUGGUGCUGGGAAGCUUACUCCAUAAGGAACUGCAAGGAAAACAAGCAGGAGGGGGAAAAAAAAAAAAAAUCUCCCAUGUCAGGAUGGCUGCUAACAGGCAAUUUCAGAACAGGAAGAGUUCUGUGCAUGCAGGUGUAGGUCAAAAAACCAACACUCUUGACAGAACAGGAAAGAGCCCUUGAGGGUAUUAAUCUAAAGCACAUUUAUUUCUGAAGAAGGUAGGCCUGUCCAUCUAAAUUCUUGUCAAAGGAGGGUAAAGCUGAGAGUGUCAUCAGCCUGUAUGUAGCCUGCUUUCUGAAAUUAGUUUCUGUAAAUGUUUUCUCUUAAGAGUAUAACUGAAUGAGAGUUGUAGGCAUUCAGAGAGGAAGAGCUUUAAGUUAAUGCUUGGUAAGCACAGUUGGUGUGGUAGAUGCUUCAGUCUACGAUGAGCUCUAGAAACAGGAGUUUGUAGAGUUCCACGUCAGGAAGGGUACUUAAGCAAACAUAUGAGAAUAUUAUGUUUAAGCUAAAAAUAAAAAGCUAGUACUGUACAAUCCAUAUAUUUGGAGCCUAGGAUAUACUUUGUAAAGAGAGCCUUUCUGAAAAGGUACCAGGGAGGGAAUCAAAGAUGUUUUAGAAAGAUUUUUUUUUUUUUUCCUUCCUUCUUGUCCUCUUAAAAGAUAAAAGAUACUUUGCUCCUGUUUUCAAAUAUAUCUUUAUUUUCUUUUGGAUGGAUACUUCUAAAUGUCCUUGACCUCCAGCAUAUUCUGCUCUUUAGCCUUUUUUAGGCAUCUUUAUUAACACUGACUGGUUGUGCCUUGAGCCUACAUUGCACAUGAUUCUUUUCUGUACUCUGCCAGUUCUUUGGGCAGGGUGAAAUGGCAGUAACAUCAAAAUGACUAGAUGGACAGAUCUGGAUGGAUACAUGUAAGUUCAUGGGUCCUGAAUGCACGUAAUUGCAAACAAAAAUAAAUCAGGUAGAGUUUAUGCUUGCCUCCUUGCACUUUUUUUUUUUUUUUUUUGAGUAUAACACAAAUAUCUUUCAUGCAGAAUAUCCUUCGGAAUUUUGGGAAGUGCAUCCUUGAGGAAAAAAAAUGUAUGUCAGUGCUUGUGAGCGGGAUUUAAGGUACUAUGAUGCUAGAACUCCAGGAGAGGGUAACCGAACUGGAAAACUGGAAGGAUGGCAAAGGCCUUAUCAUCUAUGGUGCAGGAAACACCUUUUGCUCAGGAUCUGAUUUGAAUGCUGUCAAAGCAAUAUCCAACUCCCAGGAUGGGAUGAAUAUGUGCAUGUUUAUGCAAAACACCUUAACCAGACUUAUGAGAUUGCCUUUGAUCAGUGUUGCACUAGUCCAAGGAAAGGCUGUUGGAGGAGGAGCAGAACUUACCACAGCAUGUGAUUUCAGAUUGAUGACGCCUGGGAGUGAAAUUCGCUUUGUCCAUAAGCACAUGGGGCUGGUGCCGGGCUGGGGAGGAGCUGCCCGGCUGGUGGGGAUCGUCGGCAGCGGGGCUGCCCUCCGGCUGCUGAGCGGGGCUGCCCGGCUGGACCCCGAGAGCGCGCUGCGCCUUGGGCUCUCCGAGGAGACGCUGUCCUCUUCGGAUGAAACUGGAGCGCUGGAAGAAGCCCGAGCCUGGCUGAGUGGGUACACGGAGGGUCCAGCCAGCGUGAUUCGGGCUGUGAAAGAGGUGGUGACAGCGGGAAGGGAGCUACCAGUGGAAGCUGCCCUCAGGAGAGAGAAGGACGUUUUCGGAACUGUGUGGGGCGGGCCUGCCAAUUUGCAGGCGUUGGUUAGAAGACCAAAACAUAAAUGACAGUCAGUGCAUAAGAAAUGUUCUUGACCUUUUUGCAAACAAAGCUUUCGCUAAAGCAGGCAUUAAACGGAAUCAUUUAAGGACUUGUUCAUUUAAACUGGCACUAACGUUCUUGUCGCUCACGUCAGGCAGACACAUUUGGUGUGCAACCACAGAGAAAUCCCUCGCAGAUUCUUUACUGUCCUAAUCACCCGCUGAAUGGCCAUUAGUGAAAAUACUAUGUAAAGGUAAAUAAUGUGCUGAGAAUAGAACUAUAAUUCUUUUGGAAUGAGACUGAAGAUUAUUUUCUUUGGAGUUAAUUUUGUUUUUCUAACUGGUAUGGAAAUGAGUUGCUUGAAAGAUAGGAGGUUUGUUUAUUUGCAGAACAGGUGCAUCUAAAGCUGCGACAUAUGAGUUCCCCAACAUGAGACCAGUGUCUAAGCAGCUUUGGAGGGAUGAUAACUGGUGAGAUGAUAGUUUUUAUUUUUUCAUCUUCAGUCAGUUCUUUGCAUAAUUGCUGAGAAAGUAGCCAAGGAUACUUCAGUUUCAAUGGGGAUUUUUACAGGAGCAGCUCUAACUCCCUGAGGAGCUUAUAGGCCUCAUUCACUGACAGUGAUUCAGGUCUUUAAAUGCAUUUAGGUUUCUUCUCACUGCUCGAGGAACCAACCACCCACAUGCGCAUCUGCACAUUCCCAUAGCCUGAACCUGUGCUGCUGAGCACAUGCAAAGCUGCUGACCCGAUUCUUUACAUAGAAUCUAGUUGAAAUUUUGGAAGGCCGUGAUGUAUCACACUUCCAAGUGGGAUGUCCUUGACUGACUGGGUGGCCUGAGUAUUUCACCAUUCUGGAAGGACUUGUGCGUGAUUUGAAACUCAGUCUCCACUUCAUGCUGGUGACUGUGCAAGUAAUUAGAUAACUCAGUGGGGAGGGUUUUCCCUUUAGAAAUCAGAAACUGGCACCGAGUCCCUGCUUUGGCAGGUGAUUCUUAAAAUGGAACAUCUGUGAGAGCAAAACCAGGCAGACAUAUCCGUGACGGAGAGUUUCCUGUACUGCUGGUUAGGAUGCACUUGUCUCUAAAUCAGCAGGGGCUGAGAUCUGAGCUCAGGGGAGCACGUGAAGGAGGAAACUUUGGGCUAUGCAACAUUGAGAUGCAUUCUUGCUCUGACAGGGCAUAACUAACUCUAGACACGUGGAAUAAGCUCCGUUAGGAAAAGGAGGUGAUUCCUUGGAUGGAAAUCCCUGUUACAACUUCUAGUGUGGCAGGAUUCCUGAGUUUUAGACAGGGAGGUAACCGUGCAUGUGUUUGAAGAUCUUGGGACAGAUCAAUGACGGGAAUUAGGCUCGAUUGCCUGUUAAGAUUCUGCAGCUUUUGAGCAGAUGCUGGGCUCUGCUGGGGAUGUUUUACUAUAUGGCUUUCACAGCAGGGAGUGUGUAGAGCCUGAAGCAACCAAAGGAAAUGCUGAAGAAAGGGAUGCGUUUUGAGCUGGCACCUCCGGGAGGAUAAGGAACUUACACUGCCCUGUUGAUUCUGCCUGUCUGCCUUCACACCUGAAACUGCUGCUGGAGGAAGAUUUCAAAUUUCUCUUCCCCCAAAAGAAAGUUCAAUUUUUACUUCGAGGUUAGAGACAGGAAUGGGAACAUGGGGAAAGAGUAGUGUUCUGGUUUGUGCCUCCUCCCCCCCCUUCCCUGUUUUUAUCCGCUAGCUCAGUUGUUAGUCCCAUGUGCAGCUGGAUUCUUGCCCAUGCUCUAAAGGACUUCAAACCCAUUAUUUCUGAAAUGUGGGUGUUUUAAUAUAGUCAGGCAGUACUUGACUGUUUAGUAAUGAACCUGUUCCGCUUUUCCUGAAGUUCCUCAAGACUCGUAAGGGUUUCCAGACUGCCAACGUCACUGAACCUUCAGAGUGGGCUCCAGUCCAUGCUCCUCCAUUUUGAAGCACUGUCGUGAGUCAAAAAACCUGUGCCUUAAAGGGCAACUGGUUAUGUCUUUGCUAGUAGUAAGAAUAAACUUGCCAUUUACUAAUACUGUCAUUAUGAUUUUUAAAUGGGUGUGAAAUUUGCUUAGAACCUGAGAGAGACCCUUGAAUCAUUUGGGUGGGGUUUUUUUUAUUAUUUUUCAGGUUUGCCAGGCUGUAAGGCUCAUUAGUGUAUUCUGUGCAAUGGGUGAUAUAAAUAUGAAAGGCAGGAAAUUAUAGCAGAAAAGCAGAAUCUGUUUUACUUGCAUGUUUUGAACUAGACCUGUGCUGCCAGUAAGUGAAACUCAGUAUGUACACCUAUUGGGGACCUCUUUCCAUGAGCUUGCUUCUCAUUUCACCAAAUGCAUUUCCCCAGCCAUCCUCUCUGAUUUGUAUCAAAGGCCAAUGUUUGCUUCUAAGAACAGGACCAAUAAUUAGCUAGUACUGAGACACUUUCAGAUAAGGGAACAGAAACUCAUUUUGUUGGAAUCACAAAUAUACCAAACAUAGCUACAGGAGGUUCUGAAGAUAAUUACAUGUGUUUGUUUUGAUCAAGGAUUUUGUGAGCAGCCUAAUACUGUAUUCUCUGGUUUCUUUUCUGUUUUAAAAGCAAGCACAGCCCUUUGUAUGAAAACCGGCCUAAGUAAAUUACCAUGAGUGCUAGCAUGAGAGCUCCAGACUGAGUGAGAUGAAACGGAAUUCCAUUUUACCACUUUCAAACCUAAAUGCUUUAUUUCAUAAAAUACUUGAUCAUCUUAAAGUGACAAAUACCUGCAGCCAGCACCUGAUAAGCAUUUAUAUUUUCUUUACAAUUAUUAAAGACUACAAGCUUCAUCUCGGUUUUUGUUCCCCUUCAGAAAUGGCCUAAAACCAAACAAGCACUAAAUGCACAAAAUAAAUUAGAAACCUCAAAACUGAUACUCCCAGUCUCCUAAUUAAACAGCGUGCUAGCUUUUGUGUUUCCUAGGGGUUAGUUUGCCAGCUCCCUCCUCAGCAAACUAGGUUUCCCGUUACAUUGUGAAAUGCCCGUCUUGUUCUCUUGCCUCUGUGCACUGGGACAGCCUGAGUGCCUCAUGGGGGUGUGGAUUCUGUGCCGAGCCUUUGAAAGUUGGAUUCUAGAGAUUGCUUUUAGCAAUACAGAUACUUUAUCAUAUUUGCUGCUGACAGAAAUAUACUUACCGAAUGGGCAGUCUAGGCAAGCUAGGUGUUCUUGCUGAAUGCUUGGUUCACUGUGUGAUUUUUUUUUUUUUAACCGUGACAUAGGAUUCCUAUGUCUGUGGUUAUCUGUUCUGGAAAGGAAGAGAUGCAGUAGAUUUUAUAGUAUUUUAAUUUCCUUUCCAUUCUGCUCCACUGUGCAUUUCUCUAGCUAUGCUGUACAAGUUGAAAAUCACUUAAUGCACGGAGUUACAGAAAACCACAUAAUGCAGUGUGGCUGUGGCUUAGCUAAAAUUGACAGAGAACCCAUCUCCUACUGAAGGUAAUGGUUUAAAUAUAGGAUGGGAAUUACCGGUUACUACUUUUUCCUCGCUUGAUCUGGGGAGUGCAUUUGCCACUCUGAUGAUUGGCUAUUAAGCUCUCACCAGCCUUACUUUAACUAAUUUUAGUACUUCACAGCUGCAGUCGGCCAGCAAGAGCCAAAAGCAGCAUUACGGGUGUUUGGCUGAACAGAGGUCUGCCUCUCUGCUUUGGUCAAGAACCCCCAAGGGUAGUCACUGAUAAAAUUAUUUGUAGACUGUUUUGGCUGAAAAUCCUGAAAUUAAGUAUAUAGGGAGUCAAGUUCUUGUAUUUUGCUUCUUGCUUUCUGCAAUAGUACAUACCCUCACAUGAAGUAAAAUGCGUGCACAUAGCAGAAGUGUUCUUACUGAAGGUUUUUGCAGCACAAAGUCAGACUUUGAUUAGAGCCACUGUGUGCUAACUCAAAACAGAAAUAAGACAGCUGACAACUAACAAAUAGAAGAAAAAAGCAUUCCAUCCUCUUUCCUUCUGAAGUCCAUGUUAAUAAGCUGGCUUAUUUCCUUGCGGAACUGGAAGGUGAUUGUAAAAAAUCUGUGAUCGAGAGCAUCCGUUCCUAGCUGAGAAAGAAGGUAAUCUUCCUUCUUCCAGCCUAGUCUCCUCUGCACUUUCCUCUGUUCACUGACCCACUGAUCUCACCUGUGGGCAGAGGAAACAAACUGGAGGCCUGGCACAGCUUUGCCCAAGAUCUGACAUGUCAGCCAUCAUUACAGUAAGGAGAACAUUUUAGAAAUUUAAAUCUACCAUUUUUAAAAAUCAGCCCUUUUAAUUCCCUUCAGAUGGUUGUUUGCCUACAGCAACUUUUGUCUGAAGAUGCGUAGUACCUAUGUAUCAGCUACUGUCCCUUUCUAUUCAGGGAUAUGUGUACUAAGAAUUGGAGUUCAAUUAGCCUUAUUUUAAAGACUGAGUCCAGAAUCAGCUAAUGCUGUUUCUCAAUUUGAAAAAAAUGUAAAACAACUGCCAUAGACAGGAAAGACAAGCUGUGCUUUUCAAGAUCUGGCUUCCAACCUUCUCUAAUACACAGCAGUUAGUUUGUAGCAAUCUAGGAGACACAUUUCUAGUACCAGCACAAAACUACCUUUUCUGUGCUGCCACUAGUUUUGCUAUGAAGAACAGAUAAACAGCAAUAUAGUCCUUAACAUCUGUCUUCUUUGUUAUAGGGUCAAGUUUGAUAACUUACGCUCUUUUAUUUCAACGUUUCUGCUGUUAAAAAUAAAGCUAUGUGUGAUA